AUGGCAACAGCCUUUGCCAUGCCUCCUUCGUCAUCUGCAUUUAUUAACGAUCAUUUCUGCGAUACACCCAAUUGUGAUGAAAAAGCAAAAUUAAGAUGUCCAAACUGUAUCAAAUUAGGUGUACAAAAUGGUUCAUAUUUUUGUUCACAAGAAUGUUUUAAAGGCUAUUGGAGUGAACAUAAAAAACUUCAUUCAGCAGCAAAACAACAAAUACAGACUGAUGGACAAACUAUUUAUAAUCCGUGGCCUGGUUUUCAUUUUACUGGAAAAUUAAGACCUUAUCCACAGUCUCCGUUUCGUAGUGUGCCAUCGACAAUCGGUCGUCCCGAUUAUGCUGAUAAUGAUGUUGGUCGAUCUAUAUCGGAAGAAGUUGAAAAAUCAUCAAACUCAGCAAUUAAAGUAUUAACAGAAGAUGAACAAGAACAAUUGAAAAUAACAUGCAAACUUGGUCGUCUUGUAUUAGAUGAAGCAGCUAGAGCAUUACGUAUCGGUAUGACAACAGAUGAAAUUGAUCGAAUCGUACAUGAAGUAGGUGAUCCUUUAUCUGUAAAGGAAUGUGUUUUUUAUGAACAAAUGUCGUUAUUAUCAAGUAAUGCAAAUGUUGUUUACUUUGUAGUUGAUGUCAGUGUCUAUCAUCGUGGUUAUCAUGGCGAUUUAAAUGAAACAUUUCUCAUUGGACAAGUAGAUGAGAAAGCCAAAGAUUUAGUUCGAACAGCAUAUGGAUGUUUGGAAAAAGCAAUUGAAUUAAUUCGACCUGGCACAAAAUAUCGUGAUGUUGGAAAUGAAAUUCAGAAAUAUGCAACUGCAAAUGGAUGUUCAGUGGUGAGAUCGUACUGUGGCCACGGAAUACACAAAUUAUUUCAUUGUGCUCCAAACAUACCACAUUAUGCAAAAAAUAAAGCAAUUGGCGUCAUGAAGCCUGGUCAUUCGUUUUCGAUAGAACCUAUGAUCAAUAUGGGAACAUGGCGUGAUGUGAUGUGGCCUGAUGAUUGGACGGCGGUAACCGAAGAUGGUAAAUUAUCUGCUCAAUUUGAACAUACAUUUCUUGUUACGGAUAGUGGCUGUGAUAUUCUGACGGCAAGAGCCAAUGGGAAACCAUGUUGUUAUAAACUGUUGAAAAAACGUGUUAAUAUCCAGUUGUACGUUCUUUUCUUAAUUUUAGAAAAUAAAUAAGUGUUAUUCAGUUCCCAACACCAAAAAUACAGUUAUUCUUCCAUUUUUCUCAUAAAUAGUUCAAAAUAAUAUGAGUCACACUCUUGUAUUAUCCCCUUUGGUACAUUCAUUCUUGAUGCUUUUGCUUAUAACUGUCAUGUAACGUUUUAGGUAGAAUGCGAAUCUCGGAGUUAUAUUGAAAUUACUAUAUAAGACUCAAUCUGUAAGAUUGUUUUUAUCAGUUUGAUGUAUACUGCUGUGAAAAAUAGCUGAAAAAUAAGAGAGAAAAUGAGUUUUUGAUACAAACUCGAACAAAGUAGAGAGAAAUAGGGCAGACUAUGAGUUGAGAAUAGUCGAGAUUGAGAAAGCAAAUAUCUAAGUAGAGUUUAUGUGUGAGAACUAAUUUGAUGUAAAGUACCAAAUGUGAAGUAAACAAGAACGCGUUCAAAUAAAAGAAGAACAUUAUUAACUACUAAAUCCGUUAGUCUCUUUUAGUAUGUUUGAUAAUCGCUCUGUAUAUCUGUACAGCAUUCUCCUGUUCCUAAAACUCACAAGGAUAAAAAAUUAUUAUUAAGAUUCGACGGCGAUGAUGUACCUAAGAUUGAACGUAUUGUAUUACUGGCUUGAAUACGAGUCUUACGGUAAACCUUACAUAAGAGACAGAAGUGUUCAGUUGUUUCUACUUCACCACAGAUACAUGCCAGAUCGAAAACAAAUUCAAAGAAUUACAGCAUUCAAAGAUAGAUAAUCGUAGAUAUCAAGCUUAUAUCUCUUUUUAUUUAUCCAUCCAGUAUUAUUAUUGUUGUUUUCUUUCAUCUUCCCCUUUUUCUAUACGUACAACAACUAGAGACGGGUGGAAUCAGCCUUUUUUGGUCCCGUUUCCGUAGAAAAUUGUUUGGUUCCGAUGAAAAUUUUGGCCAUAGAACAUGAAAAAAAUUUCUCCUGCUGACUGAAAGUUCAAUGCUUUUUUUUACUAUUGUACUGCGUUGCAGAACUUUCUACGGCCUUGCAAAAAAAAUUUUGACAGUAAAACGAGUUCGAAACUCACAUUAGAAUUUGAUUCUGCAACGAAAGUUUUACUUUUAUGGAACCAGUUUUCUUGUACCUGGUUCCAGUUCCAGUCCCGCCGGAAUCGGGACCGUCUCGCCCACGUCUAACAACAAUAUCAUACUUCAUUUUACUUUUCGUUACUUUUCAUUGCUUCUUUUUCAUUUUUUCUACCUUUGUUUAGUACUUCGACAUGAGUGUGUAGAAUUUAUACGGUCAGUCUUUAUGGGGGCAUUCUGGUCCUGAGUGUAAACGCCAUUUAUAUAAGUCUUCUCUUCUCUUGGUUGACUGAAAGAAACUGAAGUAACAAUAUUUAUUAUAAACAUUUUAUUGAAAAAGAAAAAAGAACGAUUGCGCAAGCGGCUUUCGCCAUAUGUGUGCCUUAAAAUGUAUAAAAAGAACGUAUAAUGAGCUUGAAAGGAGAAAGGAAGAAAAAGGGAAAGAGAAAGCUCACGCAAGAGAUGGUCAUUCGGAUUUUUGGAUAUUCACUUCUACUGUUCUACUUGUAUUGGCAGCGAGAGGAAACGUAAACUUCUCAGAAUCGCACUGUCCGUAGUAUAUAUCUGCAUAUCUCGUUCAAAAUAACUUGACUCUCACCCAAACAUCUCCCACGAACUCCCAAUAGACUAGUCACCGACACACAAGGCAAGAAGCUUAGACCGGAUAGCAGAUCGGUUCUUUCUAAAACAUACUCUGAACAAUCUAAUAAAUAAUGCUUUACUGUUUCGUUAGCUCCUCGACAUGCACAAAGAGGGGAUGAAACACAUCUUUUGGAGUGUAGAUUGGCAUUUAGUUGGAGAUUAACACAUUUCAAUCGCAUAAAAAAUAUUUCAGCUUGUCGUGAUGGAAAAAUGAGGCUUUUUUUAAAAGGGGAUUCGCUUCGCAAAUCCAAAGCAUUCUGUUUCAGCUUUUUACGUAAUGGUUUCGCCUUUAAUGAGUAUAAUGUUGGAUCUAAUUCUUUCCAUUUCUUAGAGAGUAGAGUAAAAAAAGAGCUAUGGCGCGUAUUUACAGGUUGCAUUAUAGUUUGCCU